UCUGACCAAUCGCGUUCCACGAUGUUGGCUCGUACCGAGGAAGUUGAUUAUGUGAAUAUUUUGUACACAGUUGUGCUGACGCCGAGAACAAACAAAUCGCAGCUUUAUCUGUAGUUUAGUCAGUGUGUAAGAGUUUCAGCUCACUGUCACUGAAACGUGUCAGGGAGAUAACUUCAGCUAACAUACGAGCUGCAGAGCUGGGGUACAUGGGGGGCCGCGACACCAGAGAAUGGAGGCUUUGACCUGCGAUCAUCAUGGCUGCUAUCACGGUGUGGCGCUACACCAGUGGCCGUCUCCUCGGAGGAUGGGGCCCGCUGUUAUGUGUUCUCCUCGGCUCUCUGGUGGCCAUCCUGAUGCCACUCGUGGGGGUGGAGGACGAGUGCUGUGCUGCCCUAAAAGGCAUUGCCCAGCUUCGCUGCCAGCUGUGGGGAGGGCCUCAGCAGACCCCAGCUGUGCAGUCCACCAGCCUCACUAUCCCCUUCACUGCCCUGGAUCUGCUGCCUCAGAGGACCAAGCCCAGCAUAGAGAUGGAGCUUGAGGCCAAAGCCGCUCUGCAGCAGGCUCAGGAGAUGAAGAAACUGGGGAAGAGGGAGAAGGCUCACAAGCUGCUUGUGCAUGCACUCAGCAUGAAUCCAGGUUUCGUGGAUGCCCUGACAGAGCUGGGGACCAUCCUGGAGGAGGAGGACAUUGUCCAGGCAGACCACCUUUACACCAAAGCAUUGGCCAUCUCACCGUGUAAUGAGAGGGCUCUGGUCAGCAGGGACCGCACUCUUCCCUUGGUGGAGGAGAUUGACCAGCGUUACUUCAGUAUCAUUGACAGUAAGGUGCGUAGGUUAAUGUCCAUUCCAAAAGGCAACUCUGCCCUUCGCAGAGUGAUGGAGGAAACCUACUAUCACCACAUCUACCACACAGUGGCUAUUGAAGGCAGCACGCUCACUCUGUCUGAGAUCCGUCACAUCAUUGAGACACGUUACGCCGUCCCAGGGAAGAGCUUACAGGAGCAGAAUGAGGCAAUAGGCGUGGACGUAGCCAUGAAGUACAUCAAUACCACAUUGUUGUCCAGAUCAGGAGCCAUAUCUGUUAAUGACAUCUUGGAGAUUCACCGCAGGGUGCUGGGCUACGUUGACCCUGUGGAGGGCGGCAGGCUGCGCACCAACCAGGUGUUUGUGGGCCACCACAUCCCCCCCCAUCCUCAGGACCUGCAGAGACACAUGCAGGAGCUGGUGCAGUGGCUCAACUCGGACGAGGCCCUACAGCUGCACCCUGUGGAGUAUGCAGCCCUAGCUCAUUACAAACUGGUAUACGUGCACCCAUUUGUAGAUGGCAAUGGGCGCACAUCCCGUCUGCUCAUGAAUCUUGUGCUCAUGCAGGCACGAUACCCACCAAUCACAAUCCGAAAAGAACAAAGAGCUGAAUAUUACUCAGCUCUAGACACAGCCAAUGAGGGUGAUGUGCGGCCCUUUAUUCGCUUUAUAGCCAAAUGCACAGAGAUCACGUUGGACACAUUGUUGAUCUCUACGACAGAGCAUCCUGUGGGGCUGCCGGGGGCCGACCAGCCCUGUCCUGACUGUAAACAGACCAUCCCCAUCCACAACUGAGUGAAGGACUGGAGAAAAACAAGAGUAUGAAGGGCUAGCAUGCAGAAAGAUACAUUUUCAUUCAUGAAAAGCUGUUAAUAUCUACAGAACUUGUUCAUUUGCUUCGUUUUUUAGCCACAUCCCACUUAAUCACCCAGCGGUUCUGCUGGAUUCCUGCAGGAGUUCAGAUCUGGUUGAAGACCUGUUUUUAGGUUAGCUUUUGUUCAUUUCUCAUUCCUGCUGAGUUAGAAGAAACCUUUUCAUACUUUUUGCUCUAAUCAUUCCCUUUGAGUGUUUAAUGCAUCUAAUUUCCCGUCAGAAAACAUCCUGCAGUUUGACUACUGGUAAUGUGAGGUUAGGAAGCUUCUUUUUUUUAAGUUAUUUUUGGUCAUUUUCACCUUUUAAUGGAUAGGACAGCUGAAGAGAGAGAGAGGACAUGUGGGGAGUACAGAGUGGGGGAGGACAUGCAGGAAAUGGUCAAGGCUGGAAUUGAGCCUGCGAUCUCCACUAGGCCAACGGGAAGCUUUUUAAUCCUGUCAUGUGACCUGAGUGUACAACGUGUGAAUGUUUUCUUGUCCACCUUUGGGUCCUGAUGAUGUCUCAUUACAUUAUGAAGCACUUUCAUUUAUUUGAUAAUUUAUUCUAUUUUAAAAUAAAGGAGUCUAACAUCA